AUGCCCUUUUGCACGCUCCAGCUGCUGGAUGGGCCUCUCGAGCGGGUAUUAUUGAGGCAAGCACAUUUAUGGCACGAAGUGGUGCCCGGGAGCGGGCACGUGGCUGGAGUGAGGGUCCUGCAGCACAACCUGGGCGCUCCUGUUCCCCAGCGCGUUAGAGCAGGGCCACGGCCUGCGUGGUCCACCCAUAUUGCUCGAGCCAGCUUCCAAGUUGAUGCUUUUGGAUCAUCCUUCAUCCUAGAUGUAGUGCUAAACCAUGAUCUCCUGUCUUCUGAAUAUCUUGAGAGGCAUAUCGAGCAAGGUGGAAAGACAGUGGAAGUUAAAGGUGGAGAACAUUGCUAUUAUCAGGGACAAAUUCGAGGAAAUCCUGUAUCGUUUGUUGCCUUGUCAACAUGCCAUGGACUUCAUGGGAUGUUCUAUGAUGGAAAUCAUACUUACCUUAUUGAGCCAGAUGAAAACUACACUUCAGAUGAUGACUUCCAUUUCCACUCUGUUUACAAAUCCAAGUUGUUUGAAUUUCCUUUGGAUGACCUGCCGUCUGAAUUCUGGCAAGCGAAUACUACGUCACAGAAGUUUGUUGUAAAGCCAAGACACAAAAGAAGUAAAAGGCAGGUUCGCCAGAUUCCACGUAAAGUUGAAGAGGAAACAAAAUAUAUUGAGUUAAUGAUUGUAAAUGAUCAUCUAAUGUGUAAAAAGCACCGCCUAUCAGUUGGCCAUACAAAUAGCUAUGCUAAAUCAGUUGUCAACAUGGCAGAUUUAAUAUAUAAAGAACAACUUAACACCAGGAUAGUAUUGGUUGCCAUGGAAACCUGGGCUACUGAUAACAAGUUCACCAUCUCUGAAAACCCCUUGGUGACCCUACGUGAGUUUAUGAAAUAUAGGAGGGAUUUUAUCAGAGAGAAAAGUGACGCAGUUCACCUUUUUUCGGGGAGUCGAUUUCAGAGCAGUCGGAGUGGUGUAGCCCACACCGGUGGAAUCUGUUCCUUGCUUAAGGGCGGAGGUGUGAAUGAGUUUGGAAAGCCAGAUUUAAUGGCAGUUACUCUGGCACAGACUUUAGCCCAAAACAUUGGCAUUUUCUCAGACAGAAGAAAACUACUAAGUGGUGAGUGUAAGUGUGAGGACACAUGGUCUGGAUGCAUAAUGGGAGACACAGGGUAUUAUCUUCCAAGCAAGUUCUCCAAGUGUGACAUUGAAGAGUAUCAUGAAUUUUUAAACAGUGGAGGUGGAGCUUGCCUUUUCAAUAAACCCACCAAGCUUCUGGAUCCUCCAGAAUGUGGCAAUGGUUUUGUGGAAGAUGGAGAAGAAUGUGACUGUGGGACUAUUGCAGAGUGCGCCAGUGAGGGAGGAGAGUGCUGCAAUACGUGCACCCUGACUGCAGGCUCCCAGUGCAGUAACGGGCUUUGCUGCAGAAAGUGUCGGUUUGAACCUAAAGGAGUUUUGUGCCGAGAAGCAGUGAAUGAUUGUGAUAUUGCGGAGAACUGCACAGGGAAUUCCAGCCAGUGUUCUCCCAAUAUUCAUAAAAUGGAUGGAUAUUCAUGCGAUAACAAACAGGGUAUUUGUUUUGGAGGAAGAUGUAAAACCAGGGACCGACAGUGUAAAUAUAUCUGGGGAGAAAAAGUGACAGCUGCUGACAGGUACUGCUAUGAGAAACUGAAUAUUGAAGGGACUGAGAAAGGAAACUGUGGAAGAGACAAGGACUCUUGGAUACAGUGCAAUAAACAGGAUGUGCUUUGUGGAUACCUUCUGUGCUCCAAUAUAUCUAGUGUGCCCAGACUUGGAGAACUUGAUGGUGAAAUCACAUCGUCAGUCUUGCAGUUUGGAAAAGUAUACAAUUGCAGUGGCGGCCACGUGAAGCUCGAUGAGGAGACGGACCUGGGCUACGUGGAGAAUGGGACGCCGUGUGGGCCGAACAUGGUGUGCUUGGAGCAUCGGUGCCUCCCCACCGAGUCCUUCAACUUCAGCACCUGCCCAGGCACCACAGAAAACCAAAUUUGUUCAGGGCACGGCGUUUGUAGCAAUGAAAUAAAGUGCGUCUGUGACCGAUUCUGGGGAGGGGAUGACUGCAGUUCCCGCGUCAAAGAUUAUUUGUUUUUUGAUAAAGAGACCAUCAAUAAAGGUGUUGUUAGCACAAAUAUAAUAAUAGGGGCUAUUGCUGGCACCAUUUUAGUGUUGGCUCUCGUUUUAGGAAUAACUGGUUGGGGUUACAAAAAUUACAGAAGACAGAGACAAAUACCCCAGGGAGAUUAUGUAAAAAAGCCUGGAGAGGCCGACUCUUUUUAUAGCGACAUGCCUCCUGGAGUCAGCACAAACUCUGCAUCUAGUUCUAAGAAGAGGUCUGCUUUUCUGUCGCAUUUUCAGAUUUCUACCUGUUCCAUCACCCAUUAUUCCAUUAGUCAGAACAUUUCAUUGUUUUGCAGCAGGUCAAAUGGAUUAUCUCAUUCCUGGAGUGAAAGGAUCCCAGACACAAAACAUAUUUCAGACAUCUGUGAAAAUGGGAGACCUAGAAGUAAUUCUUGGCAGGGUAAUAUAGGAGGAAACAAAAAGAAAGUCAAAGGCAAAAGAUUUAGGCCACGGUCUAAUUCAACUGAGUAUUUAAACCCAUGGUUCAAAAGAGAAUAUAAUGUAGCUAAGUGGGUAGAAGAUGUGAAUAAAAACACUGAAGGACCAUACUUUAGGACACUUUCUCCUGCAAAGUCUCCUUCUUCAUCCACUGGAUCUAUUGCUUCCAGCAGAAAAUACCCUUACCCGAUGCCACCACUUCCUGACGAGGAGAAGAAAGCUAACAGGCAGAGUGCCAGGCUAUGGGAGACUUCCAUUUAGCUGCGCUGCUUCCCUGGGGUGACAUCAGAACUGUUUACUGCAAAUUUUAUAGGAACUCAGCAUCACUGAGUCGUUGCACAUUCAUCUGCUCUUCAGACAAUUUGAAAGAUCAACAGAGACGCCAGCGAUCACGGUGACAACCUCCUCUCCUUUGGAAGGGAAAAAGCAGUCCUUUUUUGUUGACUAGAAUUUGAUGAAUUUGAUGUAAAGAGCAACCGGAAUCAUAAAAAUUAACGGGGGAUAAUUAGACUGGACGUGACAAAGCUAUGCCGCAUGAUGACAAAUACACUUAUAUAGAAUUACAGCUGCAGUCAAUUUACAAGUCCCAAGUAAGAGAGGUUUUUCUUUGAUUUAAUGCAGUUCCAGAUUAGAGCAAACCAGAAUUGAGAUUGAGUGCUCUGAAGAACGCAGCCGAUGAUGUAAACAUGUACGCUGUAUGCAUGAACCUUGUGUUCUUUACUUUCCACAUGUAAGGGAAAAACAACGUACUGUAGUAGAAAUUAGCAUGCAGGAGUAAGAAAUAUAAGAUUUUUGUGACAGGGUCUCAAGCUUUGAAAGGCAAAUAUUUUACAUAAACUUCAAACAAACAAGGAUUAUAUCUUUUUUUUUUUACCUUACAUGUUUAUAAUCUCAGUAUACAGAUUGUAUAUAUGUAAACAUUUGAUAAUGUCAAAAAUAGCUGUUACACAUAAGUAUAUUUUGCCAAAUGCCUAAGGAAAUAGUCAUGACUAACAUCAUCACACUUCAAAUUUUUUAAUAUUACGAGCAGACAACUUUGGAAAUACAAACGAUAACAGUACUGUAAAAAUGUGUCUCAGAUACUGGUGUUUGACCAAAAUCUACACUAUCUCUCUUUUAAGUAAUUGACAAUCAUCUCAAUGGUAUCUCACAGAAAGCAGAAAGCAGAGUACAGUGACACUUUGUCUUAAACCAUCAUCCAAGGAACCCGCCAAAACACGUUGCUCAGUAUGAUGACUGGUGUAUCCUCACACAGCUGUAACUGAGACUAAUUCUGCAAACAACAGAGAAAGCGUUUUUAACUAAUGAUUAACUAAUUAACUAACGAUGUUAAUGAUGAGUACAAACUUACUGCAAGUUUGGGAGUACUUCUAAGCAGUCAGUUCAGACCAUGGUAAUGGCAAGUCCUUUUGGUGACACUUACUGUGUAUAUUUGGUAAAGCAUUUCAGACACUGUUUUACAUGGCAAGGUGUAGCUUAUGAGAGGCAUAAUGAUUUCACUACACUAGAUAAUAGAAGUGCUGGGCAAGUGGCCAGUUUCAUUUUAAUGAAAUAAUAAUAAUUUUAAUUUUCAUUUGUUACUAGACUCUCCUUUACCAUGUGUUAGAAUACUGUGCUUCCUGUCCCUGAAAUCCCCUUUACAAUUUAUUUGGGCCUUAACCUGAGUACAAGUGAAUUUAGCCCCCCCAAAAAAUCCUGGAAAAAAAGCCUUCACCGUGUUGGCAGUGUUGGUCUCGUGUCUAGCCGGGUGUGUUAGUCCGACUGCCAGUGGUCCCUGUGUUAAGGGCUGAAUGAUACAUUGUUCUUAGAUUUCUAACACCUGAGACUUCUAAAGGAUAUUGUAAAAUAAAUGUGGUCUUUUGAUUGGAAAUUUUCAUUCAGUGAGAAAAAUGGGCCAUAUUAAAUCCGUUUGUAAUUCUGCAGCUCUCCAGAAAUGACAAAUUUGUAGCCUCAGGUAGUAACGUUACAGAAUUAAAACUUCUGUUUCUGUAAGGUGCAGUAGAAUACCUUGCCCGAUAGUCGUAUGAACGAUUAGGUAAUAUUAUGGCAGGAGCAUCUAAGGUGUUUCUGAAUCUUCUACCUCUUUCACGUAUUUCCUUUAGUAAGUGGAGCCAACACUUGCAGCCUGUUAAUAUAUUUUUUUUUAACUUUUGUGUCUCUCAAUGAAGUCAAAUAUAUAUAAGGUUAAAUUAAGGAAUUUUUAAAGAGGGCAGCAGCUGUAAAGUAUGUAAGAUUUUUUUAGAAACACUGUAUUUUGUGAUUAGGCUGUGUGCUGGAUAACACAAUAAUUGGCCUUGAAGUUGAGACGAUUUCCUUCACAGUCACAAGGUUCUGGUAAGUAUUGAGGAGGGAGACAAAUGAGUGAGGACAGCGUGUGCAGACAGAGCGUCUGGAAGGAGCCUGUCACUUCUCAUUGCUUUAGGAAAAGAUUCUGCGCUUUUGUGAAGAGUAAAUAUCUGUCAGCACUGAAGAAUAUUUUUUUGCAAAGAUUUAAUUUGAAUGUAGAGGUAGCUGGAUUAAAGAUGGUUGCUAGAGUAUAGCUCAUGACAUGAAGGCCUGAGCCAUAAUCACUUGAAGUCAGUGUGAAAGUCUUUUAUUGAUUUCACUGGACUUUGAACCAGACCCUUGAGCAGUUCACCCCAAUUAGGAAAUUAUACUAACCUGAUAGCCUCUAUGUUACUCUGCCGCCUGGAAGCUGUUUUUUCCUUCCGUAUUAGUGUCUUGUCCCUAGUAACUGGACUGUUUAUCAUGUGCCUUUUACAAUACUUUGUUUGAAUACAAACUAGCAUGCAAUUUUGAAUAAUCCUGUUAAAUUUUUGUGGAUAUUUCAUGUUUACCAUCGUUUACUCAUCUCUGUCCCUUUUCCCUUAUGAAGAAGCAGCAAGAUUUGGCAGACAGAACUGAACACUGACUGUUUGUGUAAUGUUCAUAGCUUCUUGUUUUAAAAACAAAUCACUCUCCUGACGGUAUUUUCAAUGUUCUAGGUACUUUCAGCUUCUCUCUUGUUUUAGUAUCAUUCAUUUAUAGCAUUUGAUGAUACACUUAUGUGCAUGUGUUAAUUAUAACAGUCACUGUCACAUUUGGAGAUAUGCAGUGACUGGAAAUCUAGUGAGCACUAACUUUAAAUUAAAUAAAUACUGACUUUCACUUGGAGGGUCAAGAGAGGGAGAACAUCAUGAGACUUUGUCUUUUGCAAAACUGUUCUGCAGGGAAUUUUCUGUUGAGUUGCUAUCUUGGAGACAUUGAGUUGUUGCACAAAAGCUGAACUUGUAGGGCUGUAUGAGCCUCUAAAGCCAGUGGAGGUCAAAGAGAGGAGUGGUUUGGUGGUUACAUGCUAUGGUUUUCUACUUUUAAAAUGUAGCGUGUUUGAAAACUGUCAGAUUAGUAACCCUGGAGCUGAUUGCAAAUAUUUUUCUUUAACCACAGUAGUUAGUUACACUGGCAAUAGCAAUAUUAAAUUGCCGCAUAAUACCUCAUCCAGUCUAAAAUGGUGUGUUUGUAUUGUCAAUAAGGUAGUUCAGUCAUGCUGACUCAUUCAGAUUUAGACUUUUAUUUGCUGGUUUUUAUUUUCCCACUUUUUUUAAUAAAUGAACUAGUUCGUACCAGCUAUGUUGUAGAUAGAUAGCUGUUGAAGUGGGAGGUCAUCAUGUCAUCUCCAACACAUUACAAGUAGUUGUUCAUAUUAGCAUAGGACUUGCAGGAUGAGCUAUACUUACUUAAGUUAGUGUUACGUAUUUCAACAUUUGGGAGAAGAUUCAUGUAUAAUUUAAAAUAAAAUAAAUAUGAUUAACUGAUGGAGAUGUAAAACUAGAGAUUAUAUCCAAAUAAUGCUGCUGCAGUGUGAUACCAUCAUUUUACAAUUAAAAGUUUACCUGCUUAGUCUGGAUUUGUUGAGAUAAGAACUUCGGUAAUCCCUGCGGUAGAUUUUUGAUGAACAUGCUUGGGCAGUAUAGCAGAAAAGGUUGUGAUUGAUAAUUUACAUGUAAAUUUGUUAUAUUAUUGUUAUAAUAUACAUAGUUUUAGUUUAUAAAGAGGUUGUUCAUUACUAUAUAGCGUAUCUUUGCAUAAGUUGUGAACUUACAAGUCACUACUUGCCAAUUAUGUGAUUUGAAAUGUGACAUAUGUCUUUAAAGAUAGGUACUUAAAUGAGUUAAGAGUUUUGUUCUUGAUUUAUCUUGAGAUCUUGAACCUGCUAAGGUGAUGCGCUCAUGAAAUUACUUUUGAUUGAUUGUGCUAACGAUCAGAUGGGCCGUUGGGCUAUAGCCAGAAUUAAAAUAAGAAAAAAAAUCUGUGUCAACAGCUAAUAUGUUCCCAAGUCCUCUUAUCUGAAUCACCACUGCUGAUUUUAAGUGAACUGGGUCGUCCUUGUCAACAUCAAUGUAAUGACUGUUCUCAAAAUCAGGGCUAAGAAUGGCUACAUAUGCUAUGAAAAACAUGCAUAUACUUCUGACCAAGUUUGCAAUCAUUUCACUGCUUAGUAUUGAGGACAUACACAGCGUGAUUAAUGCUCUGUCAGGACAUGAGAACACGUGAUGUUUGCCUUUGCCAAUAGGCUGUGAAGUGAGACAAUUACGAGACUCCACAGUCGGAUGGGUUAACAGGUUUGCUCUUAGGACUUGCUUUGUCACUGAGUCCUGUACCCAGGUGUUGUAAACAAACUUAUCAAACUCCAGCUUAAAAGUAGGCAAGCUCUUCUUCUCUUUUCGUCCGUUUCCCUGCCUGCCCCCCACCCCCACCCCGAAAGCAUUUCCAUGAAGGAGAGUUACAUCCACUGGCAGCCUUGUGUAUUUGUUGGUUAAGAUCAAGGCAAAGUUACAAAGGUGCUAUAAAGGUGUAAACCUUUCUACGUGAUGUCCUGGAUAAGGUCUUGCCGGUGCUGUAAAUAUAUUACUUGCUCUUGCUGGAGUCUAGGUGAUUGAUAGAGCCUCAUGUCUCAUUUGCAAUUUGUACUGGUUCAGCAUUUAGUGUCUCAACCAUCCUGUGUCUUUCUCAUCCUCUACCAUUUUCAAAGGAUGAGUCUCUUUAAUUACUGAGUCUGUUAACUUAAAAGCUGUGCUGCAUCCUCCUAUUUCUAAGUCUCAAGAGCAUCCAUUUCUUCCUCUGAGCUAUUUUAAUAUCCAUGUCAUUAGCAAACUCUUUGAGCCACUCUUAUCAACCACAAUGUGAGGUUGGUAAGCUCUCGUUUUUUUUAAGAGCUUGAACAUUCUGGUCUCUGAAGCAUCUUUUUGGCCCAGACUAGAUUGUCCAUCUGACUGCUGCCGCCUCACUAUUUGCAUGGCGUCCAAACCCUGUGACAUCUAUUGGGCAGUAUAGGAUUUGGCUUUCAUUUUGAUUUUGGCUUUUCCUGAAGACAAAUACAAGUAAACAGCACAAGUAUAUGCAUUUUAUUGUCCCGGGAUUGCAUGGCGGAGAAAAGUUCCCAUGCGGACAUAACCAUUAGGCUAAUAGAUCAGGAAAGAAGAAAACAGUGAACUGGUUGUGAAGGCAUAGUUGCAAUGCAAAAAGGACUCUCACAGUAUGGUAAGAAAUAAGGUAAUACCUACUCGUCCGUCUACACCGAAAAACUCCUUUGAGCUGAAUAUUUUCCAAGUUAGUAUACGAAAAAUAUUUUUGGUGACUCAAGUAUGGAUGCUGAUAUAAACUAAAGCUUUGGAAAGUAGCUCUCACAGCCAGCAGGUGGUAUCUUGUCAUUCCACAACUCUUUUCUUCAGCUAUUUAGAAAAGAACUAUAGUGGUCAACAUCAAUAUGUUAUCUGAGACAAGUAACCAAAACGAGCAGUGAAAAUAAGUUCAGGAAACAGGAAUGUGUUUGUUCUCUCACCCGUGAGAAACUUUGUACCUGACUUGAAAAUUGGCUCGCUUAGCCAGGUCUGGUGUUUUUAAAUCUCUAAAAUCAAAUCUACACCAGUUUCAAAAUCACUUUAGCUGACCCAGCUUUAAACUGUUCAGAAAAUUUCUGCUAUGUAGACAGGCCGAAAUUACAAUAAAACUCAGAAUGAGAUGAGGAAGAUUGGGGAAAAUAAGAGAAAAGCAGUUAAAAAACAUACUCUGUAAAGGGAGAAUAGAUGUCUUAUACUAUUUUUAAUUACUGAAGCAUAAGAUUUCAAAGCAACAAGCUAAUUUUUCCUGUUUGUUUCUGUAUUCCUCUGAUUAAACAAAUAAAGUUUUGGUUAAAAAAGAUUAACUUGAGGCCUUAAGACCUUAUAUAUUCUAACUUUAGCAUGGAGAGUCUAUUUUUACAACCAAAUUAGAAUUCCUGUAUAUAGGCCUGACUGACCUUGUAGGUAGAGUGGUGCUAGCAGCUAAUCAUGCAAUAUUGUAAGGUUCUGUAUAACAGCAAAUGCUGAUUUAUUUUGAUUAUUGGUACAAGGACUCCUGCUCACUGCCUGUGUAGAGAAUCUGCAUAUUUUAUGCUUGGAAAUACAGUCCAGAACAUAUUCAAACUGUGAAUAUAUAACCUGAUUUUUUUUCUUAAGGGUAAAGAUAUAUUACAAUAUGUAGUGUUUUGUAUAGAUAUAUACAAUACUUAUUUUUAUUGUUGCAUAAAUGCAAAAUAUUUUUUUCAGAAUAGCAAAGCAUUACAGAAUUUUUAAUCUGCUGGAGAAAACACUAUUUACAGUAUGACCAGUUCUUUCAGCAAAGCUUUUGGGGUGGUAUGUACCAGUUAGCUCUGCCAGCUUCAUUUUGUGCUAACGUGGAUCUUGGGCAUUGCUGUAAGAAAAAGCUAUCUAUUUUUUCACUGAUGCUAGCCCCCUACUGGUAAAAUGUUUAGAGAGGUAAAGAGAAUCUUGUUUCACCACUGGGACUGGGCUAACGUUAGCAAAAACAAUCUACAUCAUAUUGUUGUCUUUGCUAGUUAAAAUCCUUUAAAAAAAUCUUACAUGACAUAAUAGAAACAAAAGAUUUUGACAAACACCAAAAUGAAGCAUUGCAAUUUACAACUUUGUAGCUUUGAGUGUGAUAUUUUUGUCAUAAACAUUACAGGCAUUGGGCUGUUGAAGUGAAUGAAUCUGGCUUUGAUGUAGCUAAACAAAAUGUUGCUUUUUAUAAAAUAAAAUCAUUGUAAUUUGGGGUUCUAAAUUCCUGCUCACUUUUAAUAACAGCAUCACACUAUCCACUUCUAUGAGAGUAUUUAAUACAAAUGCCUGUGGUUUUCAAUGUUACUAACAUACUGUAACAUCAGUAAAGUGACUUUCAAUGACAAAGACUCUCGUGUGUUUUGUUCUUGCAACUCUUCACAUUUAGCACUUCAUCCUAUUUUAAUGUUCUCUUAAAAAAGUGACACUGAUUGUAUGGGAAAAAGUGAUAAUGGAGAGUAAAAGAAUCUACAAGCUAUUAUUCUGCACUUUUUUAAAUUGCAGAUUUGAAAAUGGUCCUAUGAGCUCCCACUGUUAUAAAUCUGCAAUUAUUGUUCCUUAGCUCUGCAUGUCUGAGGGCAACCUAGAAAAGUGUGUGAAUUCUUUUUUUUCUCCCCCCUAUUAAUAGUACAAUCACCCAAAUCAUGUAUUUCUGUAGACUACAGACUACUAUUGCAUAGAACUAAGUCCACAGCAACAAAACUAUUCCCAAUUGUUUGCAUGAAAGUCAAGAGCAAUCACCCAUAUGCCUUUUGGGAAAGGGAAACCUUCAUAAGUCUUAAGUUAGAGAUAACUGUCUCUCUCUAAAGCAACCAGAUAGUAUCUUCAACUUGCUUGCUGAAUGUAGUCUUAAUAGGUAAGCCAUUUUUGCAUAGUGGUUUUCUUUUUCUUUUUAAUUAAGACAGCAACAUAUGCUUAAAGUCACUUAAUAAUAAUCAUAUUUAUUACCUCAGUUUAUAUCUGUAUAGACAGGAAAGAUGAUCUAGCCUAUCAGUCCCUGUGAACCCCACGGUUUUUGAAAUGCAUAUGGACAACACAAGGCACCUCUUCCUUUGGUUAUCUAGAAUUUGUUCCUGGUUGUGGAGCUCUGUUUUAUGGGUUUCUUUGUUUAGUGCUUCUAAGAAGAUCUCUGAAGAAAAUCCUGUUGGGCCACAGUGCAGUUGUUCUUGCAGCCUCUUGCGGCCCAGUAGCUGGUCAGCGCUCAAAUAAUAUUUUGGCCUGGGGAAAUAAACUGAGGAAGAAAACUUGGGAGCGUUUGUCCUCAGCAACAUUCUGCUCUUCUUACAGUGCUACAAGCAUCAGUUAUACUCCCUCACUUAAUAAAUAAAUAAAUAACAAGGACAAAUAGCGGCCAUCCUACCAAAUCCUUACCUAUGUUGUAUUUUGGGAAACAAAAUAUUGUAUUAACUCUACUUUAACAAACGACUACUUUGCUUCCCAGCCCAGAUUUUAGCUAAACGCGUUUUUCAAGCCUUUUAUUCAUAGGUGCAAUUUUAGUCUCGCAUAUUAUUUCAUCAGUGAGUCUCAUGACGUAUAGCAUAACUUCUUACCUAUGAUGGACCGUGGAACUUCCAGGGGCCUCAAACCAUCUAGUAAGUUACACUCACCUACAGCAAGAAUGUUAUGCUAAUUAUCAUGUAAUGUUUUCCUUCAUGUAGUCAUCAGACGUUUCAGAAACAUAACUAAGUAAAAGUAUGAGAUAAACGUUGAGAUAAAAAGUUGCGUGGGUAAUGAGUUUUUGGUAAAGAAGUCUCAUCAUUUUUAGGGUGCAAUUAACAUAUAAGGAUACUGGAUAUGGUCUAAUCAAAAUCCGACAGGAAGAAUGGCCUUUUGCUUCACACUUUCCUUCUUAGUUUUUCAGCUAUAAAAGUUUCGAACUGCAGAAGAACUACUGUUGGCUGCUUCAGUCAAGCCCCUGCAUCCAGAUUUCAGUUGUUUCAUUCGAAAGGCUCUCCAUAACAUUCAAUGUCUGUUUCCCAACUUUACAUGCAAAAAACCAGUGUACAAGUCAGAAUGUGGAAGUACAACCAUGCCCAUGCCUUUAAAAUUCAUUUUUCAUAGCAGGAAGAACUAGCUUCUGAAAUGAAACUAAAAGCAUUAUACAAAGGAUUUUCAUUUUAAGAAGCGAGCACUAUUUGCUUCUUUAGGUGGUACCAGCCCAAUUUGUAUUUAUAGCGUAGAAACCGCAGACUUGGAUUCCAUACUAUUCUCAGCUCACAAGGGUUUUUUUUUUUU